CGGGCUCGCCGGGCCAAGAUGCCGGGCGGCGGGCGGGUGUGCGCCGCGUGCGGCGGCGCCGAGAUCGAGGUGGACGCGGCGCGGGGCGACGCGGUGUGCACGGGCUGCGGCUCCGUCCUGGAGGACAACAUCAUCGUCUCGGAGGUGCAGUUCGUGGAGAACAGCGGCGGGGGGUCCUCGGCCGUCGGGCAGUUCGUCUCCCUCGACGCGGCUGGGAAAACACAAACUGUUGGAGGAUUUCAUGUCAACUUGGGAAAGGAAUCGCGGGCACAGACUCUGCAAAAUGGAAAACGUCAGAUUCAUCACCUGGGUAACCAGCUCCAGCUUAACCAGCAUUGCCUUGAUACUGCCUUUAACUUUUUCAAAAUGGCCGUAAGCAAGCACCUGACUCGGGGACGGAAGAUGGCCCACGUCAUAGCCGCAUGUCUCUACUUGGUGUGCAGGACAGAGGGAACUCCACACAUGUUGCUUGACCUCAGUGACCUCCUUCAGGUGAACGUCUACGUGCUGGGAAAAACUUUCCUUCUGUUGGCCAGAGAGCUCUGCAUAAAUGCUCCAGCUAUAGACCCAUGCUUAUAUAUUCCCCGUUUUGCGCAUAUGCUGGAGUUUGGGGAUAAGAAUCACGAAGUCUCCAUGACAGCUCUGAGGCUGCUGCAGCAGAUGAAGAGGGACUGGAUGCACACGGGCCGCCGGCCAUCGGGCCUUUGUGGAGCAGCUCUACUAGUUGCUGCAAGGAUGCACGAUUUCCGGCGCACUGUUAAAGAAGUCAUCCGGGUGGUUAAAGUCGGUGAGUCUACAUUAAGAAAAAGACUUACAGAGUUUGAAGACACGCCAGCAAGUCAGCUAACAAUAGACGAAUUCAUGACAAUUGAACUAGAAGAGGAAUGUGACCCUCCUUCCUUUACAGCUGGUCAACGAAAGAUCAAGAUUCAGCAGCUUGAGAAGGAGCUGUCGAAAAAACUUGAAGAGUUGGAAGGCGAGAUAUCAAGCUACCAAGAUGAAAUAGAGAUUGAAUUAGAAAACAGCCGGCCGAAAGCAAAAGGAGUAUAUGCAAAUUAUAGUAAAGACGACUGCAUGGAAGAUAAUGCCUUGAGUAUAUUCGGUGAGGAGGAGGGAGAAGAUGAAGAACUAGAAGCAGCUGCCAACCAUUUGAACAAGGACUUUUACUCCGAGCUGGUCGACAAAGACAAACUAGAGGAGAAAGAAGCUGCCGUCAGGCCCCUGGCCCUGGAAUCUCUGCUCGGCCCCCUCCCAACCGCGGCUAGUCUUGGGAUAACAGAAUCGAUAAAAGAGUGCAUUUUGACCAAGGGUCGAGACCACAACGAAAAUACUGGAGAUGGUGAAUUAGAUCUAAGUGGAAUUGACGACAGUGAAAUAGAUAUGUAUAUACUUAACGAAACAGAAGCCAAAAUAAAAACAGAGCUCUGGAUGAAGGAAAAUGCAGAUUACUUGAAAGAACAAAAGGAAAAAGAGGCAAGGAUAGCAAAGGAGAAAGAACUUGGGAUUUAUAAAGAACAUAAGCCCAAGAAGUCUGCAAAGAAACGGGAGCUGAUCCAGGCCAGCACAGCGGGAGAAGCAAUUGAAAAGAUGUUGGAACAGAAGAAGAUCUCAAGUAAAAUUAAUUAUAAUGUGCUAAGGGACCUCAACAGCAAAGGAGGUAGUACGCCAAAGAAAGAGGAUGACGGUGCCGACGACAGCAGCAAUACCAAGAAGCUGUCGAGAAGGAAAUCUCUUGCGGCUCGGAAUGCAGCCAACUCCGUAAACACUGUGGGGAAAAGGUUAAGACCCUUGAUUUCGACACAACUAGCAAAAAAGGCUGCGGUCAAAGAGGUGAUGUUUCCAGAUACACAAACUGAGUCCCCAGAGGCUGAAAAGUCUGCAAAUGUCCUGGUGGAAACUGGUCCUGUCUCUUACAACCACGAGGAGGAAGCUGAAGAAGAAGAUGUUGAAGAAGAGGAAGACCACUGUAUGAGUGCCCUUCAGUUAAUGGGAGGAAAUGAUUAUGGCUGCGACAUGGAGGACGAGGAUGGCUAUUAAUCCCUUCUGUCUCCUGGCCGUGGAAGGAGCCUCUGGAAACACCAAUGGACCCUCCAGACUUCUAAGUGGAAGUUCUUUACUUUGCUGUGGAUUCUGUAUCUAUAGCCUGGCGCUGGGGUUUGGGUUUAGGAUACUUGAAAUGCUUCAAGAUCAUGUACGAGGACAGGAUUCACCAGAGCAUCAAUCCCAUAGAGCAAAGGAGAAAAGCGGCAUAGUUGGCUCAGAGCAACGCGGGUGGUGGGGCCCUGACGGCAGGGCUGACCUUGAGUCAGAUACGUUGCUCUAAAGAAACGUCUGAAGAAGAGGAGUAAACAUAAAGUACGCACACUCUCGGAGCAGGAAAGCUCUGGGCUUGCACCAGCGAGGGUACUAGGAAGCAUAUUCACCGUAGCAGGCCUGACUCGGGCAUGAAAUCUGCGUUUCUCUGCUGGAAACUACUUGUUAAAAAAAUAUCAGGGACAUUGCAUAGUACGAUAAGGCAGUCCCCCUUGGGAAAGGGUUCCCAAACAGGCACGUUUUCAUUAUUCUGCAUGGGGUGGAGAUUUAGAGCACUGUCAAGCAGAAUCUCUGACCUAUUGUAGGACAGCAGUGGCAUUUUAUUUUGUUUCAAACAAUAGUCUGAAGAGCAGGAUUAUUUCUGUUAUAAGAUCAGAUAUUAUAGGAAAACAGAGACCCCCCCAGGGGCCAGAGCAGCACUGGGCUUCUUGGUGAGCCGAGCCCUUAAGCCCACAGCAAGAAAACUAAGCCACUCUCUCCCUUUUUGACAAAUAUCAGGUCAGAAGAUUUAAACUUAGCAUCCCUACUGCGGAUCGUCUCAUAAGGUUCUCUGUCCCCAAAAGGAAAUUGCUUGCUGGGGGAUGUACUUGAUUUCCUUUGACUUCCGGAUGAUCUCGGUCACCUCGGCACAAUGGACACAUUUGGUCUCCCAAAGCAGUGUUUUUUAAUAAUUAUUAUUAUUGUUAAUGACAUAAGCUAUUUUUUGUUUUGUGUUUUUUUUUUAAUUUUGCCUGGUUGUAAAUUUAAUUUAACAUUGUUUAAUUAGAUCAUUUUGGGUGGAGUGGGGGCUCCACCAAUGGAAGCAACUUGACCAAGCUCAGCUAUUUCUGUUUUGCCACGAAAGCUCUGCUGUAGGGAACCCUACGACUUAUGAACCUAAGGCUAAAACAGACCACUAUCCCCCCAACCCGAACUUGGCAAGACAGACCCUUCCGUGUUCUCACUUGGCAGGUUCAUAGUCCAGAAUAGCCAUCGUAAUUGUGUGCGAGUCCUUUGACUUAACAACUGGCACUGCCUUUCUAUUUGGGGGGAGCAAAGCAUUGAUGCCACUUUCAUUCUUCUUGCCCGUUUCUUGGCAGGCAAGAAUGUUGUGGCCACCUUCGUGUGGAGGGGUGGGUUUCCUGCUCCAUCCCAGCAUUCUUUGUGUUGGUCUUGUCCAUGAGAGCUCAAGCGGCUGCUUUCUGUGCUGCUGGUUGGACAAGAGUUCCUUUUCGUCGUCUUCUACUCAGUGCGUGAAGUGAUCCCCUGAAGCCCAAGGCUUCACUGAGGUGGAAAAUCCUGUACUUGGUCACUUCACCUUGCAAGUAGGAGCUCACCUGAAUGAAAGGUCAUCCAUAAC